GGAAAAGUCGAUAUGGCAGCAAAACUACGUUCAAAGCGAUAUCAAGAACAAACUUCACUAAAGCAAUGGCUUAUCGAUAACCAAAUCGGCAUAUGCCUCGGUAUUCUAACCCCUCUACUCAUCGCGCAAUGCAACAGUCUUACACGUCCCCUCACCGCUAAACUUACUUCUCUCUCGUACCGAGACGAAUUCACGGGGGAGUACGGCGUUGGGUUCGAUGAUAAUUACCUGGUGGCUGUUCUGAUCGUGGUGUUGACGGGUCUUCGGGAUGCUACUAUGCGGUUCGUUCUGGACCCGUUGGCGGCCGCCUGGGGACUGGGGAGGGCUAGAUCCAUGCGGUUCAAGGAACAGGCUUGGAUGGUGGUAUACUAUUCCACUUGCUGGUCUGUUGGCAUGUACAUCUAUGCGUCUUCGUCGUAUUGGUUGAAUCUUCAGGCUAUGUGGACGAAUUGGCCGAAUCGCGAAAUAUCCGGACUGAUGAAGAUUUACAUGCUGGCGCAAUUGGCUUUCUGGCUUCAGCAGAUGAUUGUCAUCAAUAUUGAGAAGCGGCGCAAGGAUCACUGGCAGAUGCUCUCUCACCAUAUCGUCACGAUUGCUUUGGUGUACUGCUCUUACAGAUAUGGCCUCACCCGCGUUGGCAAUGUUGUUCUGAUCCUCAUGGACUUUAACGACCUAGUCUUCUCGAUCGCAAAGUGCUUGAAGUACAUGAAGCUCCAAGCUUUGUGCGACUUUACGUUUGGCGCAUUUGUGGUUAGCUGGGUGCUGUGCCGCCAUACUGCGUUCCCGAUGGUAUGCUGGUCCGUCUAUGCGCAUAGUCUGGCCAUCACCGGGCCGAGAUGCUUCAUUGGCUCAGGAAAGAACACCAUUGGUCCUCAAGAAGUUCCGGAAAAUGGUUACUUCUAUAUGCUUGAGCCAUUGAUAUACACCAAUGGGAGGGUAUGCUACGACUACACUAUCAAGACACUAUUCCUCAGUGGCCUUUUGUUCCUGGAGACACUUAUGCUCGUUUGGUUCGUCAUGAUUGUCAAGUUGGUCAUUCGGGUGUUACGCGGUGGAAACGCAGAAGAUACGCGCAGUGAUAAUGAGGAAGAGGAAUACGAGGACGAGAUACCGAUCGAAGUUGAGGUCGAUGCCGAGAAACUUCAAUUUCCGAAGCAGUUUUCCUCCCGCGGAAAAGGGACAUCUUCCGUGUUUCAGUCAACGAGAGGAGUGAACAUUUCGAAAGACAGAAGAGGUUAUUUGGAUAGAAUUGGCUGCGAACAGAGGAUAUCACGAUAAGCGACACCUUAAUUGGGAUAGAUCAGGUACUGAGAGAAGGAUAUACCCUGGAGGUCAAUGCGGGACAUACCGUAAAGACUAAUGUUUAAUACUAAUGUUGGAAACUCUAAUGAACGACUGAAGAGUCGAACGAGUGGCUAUAUCGCUGAGAUAUUAUGAUGCUGCCGACGAUGCCGAAGAGAAUAAUAAGUGUCGGACCGAAGAUAUGCUGCAAUUCUCAAUUACCGCAACAUCAUGCCGAAGUGCUAU